AUUCAAGAUGGAUGGAAUCACGGCGGCGGCAGCAGCGCGCGCGGCCGAACCGUGACCGGCGGCGCCGAGUGGGGCCGGCAGGGGGGGGCGCGGCCGCCGGCGGAGCGGGGAGCUGAAUCAACUUAGUAGGAGGUCACUGGUAAAAGGUAGAGGACCCCAGGGCUGGGAGCAGGAGGCAUGAAAGUGAGGGACAGAAGAUGGAAGGGGAUUUCGCAGUGUGAUGGCAGGGAGCUGGUGAGAAUCAAAGAACCGCUGAGCCAAAGAGAAAGAUUCUUCACCCUUCACUUGUGAAGAGCUUUUGUGUCUUACAGAACACUCAAGGCCUGGGUAAAGCAGAUUAAAAUGAAAUGUUUGAAAAUACUUCAGAACAUUUGACCGUCUCCUACCCAGCGUGUCCUUGAGUUGUUGCUGAGCAGUGCCUGCACAGAGCCAAGGACAUUUCAGCUCCUCAUGCUGCCCAGCCAGCAAGAAGCUGAGGGUGCACGGGGAGCUAGGAGGGGGCAGAACCAGGACAGCUGACUCUGGCCCACAUGGAUGUCCCAUAACACGUGGUGUCAAGCUGAACAGCAGAAUUGGGGGAGCUGGACAGGGGGACGGCUGCUUCUUGGGGACUAGCUGGGUGUCAGCUGGUGGAACAUCAGAAUCAUGGAGGGGCUCUUGCAUUACAUAAAUCCAGCACAUGCCAUUUCACUUCUGAGCGCACUGAAUGAGGAGCGUCUAAAGGGACAGCUAUGUGAUGUUGUUCUUAUAGUAGGAGAUCAGAAAUUUCGAGCUCAUAAAAAUGUUCUAGCUGCCAGCAGCGAAUACUUCCAGACUCUGUUCACAAACAAGGAGAAUGAGUCUCAGUCAGUGUUUCAGCUUGACUUUUGUGAACCAGAUGCUUUUGAUAAUGUGUUAAACUACAUUUAUUCUUCAUCCUUGUUCAUUGAGAAAGGCAAUCUUGCAGCUGUUCAAGAACUGGGCUACAGCCUUGGAAUUUCCUUUCUUACAAAUAUUAUUUCUAAGAGCCCUCAAGCUCCCUUUCCAUCUUGCCCCAUUAAGAAGAUACUGUACCAAGAUGAAGAUGAAACUAGCUCUCAGAAGAGGAGUGUCAUUGUCUGUCAGAACAGAAGCGAAGCACAAGGAAAGAGUAUAAAUCAAACACAGCAUGAUUUAAGCCAUACUUCUAAACCUUUACCCUCCGCUGCUAUCAAAACUAGCAUUAGAACACAAGUAGCAAAGCCAACUGAAACCCUUCACAAUUUGUCGCUGACUGAAAGGAGAUGGCUGAAAGAAAACCCUGUGAGCUAUACUAAGUUUCACGAAACUUCUGGAACUGCAGAGGAUCAGAGCAGAGGUGGUUUGGUGAAAAGGAACACAGUGUUGCCUCAAAAACCUUUAGCAGAGAAAGAAAUUGCAAGUGAUGAGCCAGGAAGCAGUAGUCAGCUUUUAAGAGGAAAGGCUGCAGAGUUAUCAUUAAAAAGACCACGACCGCCAGUCUUAUCUCUACGUGGCUCAUCAGAAUCUACAUUUUUGUUGCGAGAGGCAGGAAAAGGAAAUGGUCAAGGUGAAGAUAGGAAUUUGCUAUACUACUCAAAGUUAGGACUAGUAAUCCCAUCUAGUGGAUCUGGUCCUGAAAACCAAAGCAUUGACAGAAGUGGUCCACUUGUAAAAAGUCUCCUUCGACGGUCACUGUCCAUGGACAGCCAGGUUCCUAUUUAUUCACCUUCUGUUGACCUAAAACCUUCGCAGGUAUCAUCUUCCUCCUCACCAGGAACUACUGAUUCCCAGAAGAUAUUUAAUGUUUCAUCUCAAAAGUUGUGCUUGAAAGAGUCAUCGGAGAAGUUAGUCUUAGAUGAAAAGCCACAGGUAAUGCACCCACAUCGCCUUAGGUCUUUCAGUGCCUCUCAGACAACUGAUAGGGAAGUUUCUUCCCCUCUCACAGAGGUGCGAAUAAAAACUGAACCUAGCAGUCCACUUUCAGAUCCGUCUGAAAUAAUAAGAGUUACAGUGGGUGACGCAUCAGUAUCUACAAAUAAAGACUUUCCUUUUAAAACUGAGGAUGAUCAUAAGGAACCUAGUAGACUUCCAGCAAAAAGAAGAUUUCAAGCUGAUAGAAGGCUACCAUUCAAGAAACUCAAGGUGAAUGAAGAGGGUUCUCCUGAAUCGGAAGAAAACUUUGAGGAAGGCUCAAGCCCUACGCACCUUGAUGCUGAUUUUGCCGAUUCUGAUGUCAGUAAAGAUGAAUACAGUGAAAUGGAAGAAGCAAGACCAAAUAAAAAAUUUAAAUGCAAACACUGCCUUAAAAUUUUCAGGUCAACAGCAGGUCUUCAUCGUCACAUUAACAUGUAUCAUAAUCCAGAAAAGCCCUACGCUUGUGACAUAUGCCACAAGAGAUUUCACACGAAUUUCAAAGUGUGGACACACUGCCAGACACAACAUGGAAUUGUGAAGAAUCCCUCACCAGCUUCCAGUUCGCAUGCUGUUUUGGAUGAAAAAUUCCAAAGAAAACUCAUUGAUAUAGUGAGAGAGAGAGAAAUUAAAAAAGCUCUAAUAGUUAAACUAAGACGUGGCAAGCAAGGUUUUCAAGGACAAUCUACUUCACAAGCACAACAAGUCAUCAAAAGGAAUUUAAGAUCAAGAACCAAAGGAGCCUAUAUUUGUGUCUACUGUGGAAAAGCUUAUCGUUUCCUCUCACAGUUCAAACAACAUAUAAAAAUGCAUCCAGGAGAAAAACCAAUUGGCGGAAAUAAGGUUCCUAAGCAGAAAGACCAUAUUCAUAUUGAAAGUCCUGUAGAAAACAAGGAAGUUUAUCAGUGCCGUCUCUGUAAUGCUAAGCUCUCUUCACUUAUUGAACAGGGAAAUCAUGAGCGACUCUGUAGAAAUGCUACUGUUUGUCCUUACUGCAGCCUUCGAUUUUCAUCCCCGGAGCUGAAGCAUGAGCAUGAAAGCAAGUGUGAAUACAAGAAGCUUACUUGUCUUGAGUGUAUGCGCACCUUCAAAUCAUCCUUUAGUAUUUGGCGUCAUCAGGUUGAAGUUCACAAUCAGAACACGAUGGCUCCAUCAGAGAACUUUUCUUUACCUAUCCUGGAUCACAAUGGAGACAUAACUAGUUCAUCAAGAUUGCCUCCUCAGUCAGAAUCCAAUAAAAUAAACAAUUUUGCUGCGAAAGAAGAUGGAGUUUUCAGUGACUCGUCAGAACAGAUUAAUUUUGAUUCUGAAGAUUCCUCCUGCCUGCCUGAAGACUUAAGUGUUUCCAAGCAGUUUAAAAUUCAAAUCAAGGAAGAGCCUGCAGAUGAUAUAGAGGAUGAGGUCACUGAGACAAGCAGGGAACCAAAGGAAGUAGUCUCCAAUAAAGAUGCUGGUUUGUGGCCCUGUGAAAAGUGUGGGAAGAUUUUCACUGUACGCAAACAACUGGAGCGCCACCAAGAGCUCUUAUGCUCUGUGAAGCCGUUUAUUUGUCAUGUGUGCAACAAGGCCUUCCGAACCAAUUUCCGACUGUGGAGUCACUUCCAAUCCCACAUGUCCCAGGCUGCAGAGGAGUCCGCAAAUAAGGAGCCCGAGGUAUGUCCACCAGCUAAUUCCCCAUCACCACCACCUUUACCUCCACCCCCGCCACUACCCAAGAUCCAGCCUUUGGAGCCUGAUAGUCCAACGGGCUUGUCUGAAAGCUCCACUACUACUGAAAAAUUAUUUGUACCGCAGGAGUCAGAUACGCUCUUCUAUCAUGCUCCACCACUCUCAGCAAUCACGUUCAAAAGACAGUACAUGUGUAAACUCUGUCACAGGACUUUCAAGACAGCUUUUAGUCUUUGGAGCCAUGAGCAGACACACAAUUAGCUUUCAGAGAUACCUUAAAAAGCUGAUUUGAUGGAGGCUGUUGUCAGGAUCUCGGAUGUAUGCCAUGUAAACUUGAAACAUAAGAGGAUCAAAACAACAGCGAUGACAGAAGAUUCUGAAUUUGUGAUGCUGCUUGGAUUUGGAGGUUAAGGUAAACUAACUUUGUUAGUAGGUAGAAAGCUGGGUAAUUAAAGAUAAUAUGGACUGGGAUCUAAUAGUAACAGAAUAAUUUUGAUUUCAUUUAACACUGAAAUGCAAUCGCAUCUGGAUUGUAUGCAUGGAUCUUCAUCCUGUGAUGUUGGUGUGUGCGUGUGUAUUAUAUAUAGAGUUAUAUAUUAAAUGGAAGAGCAACAACAUUUUGGAUUCUAACUGUGAGUUUAUAGUGGUGAAAUACUGUAACCAACUUCAUUGUUUGUUGUUUUUUUUUCCUUAAAGAAACCAACACAGAAGCUCCUUAUAAAUAGCUGCCAUGUACUUGCAGUUAGAGAGGAAGUGGAUGGAGUGUCUUAAUGUAUUGACUUAGGUCUUAGAGAUCUUUAGCAAUAACGAAUAAACCUCAUGUUUCAGUAAUCCCAAUAUUAUUGGAUACGAAUGUUUGAUAUUUUAAGGGAACAUAAAAUUCUUUUGUUGUUAUAUGGAACUUGUGCAAAUUAAAGUUGAAUUUAAAAUCAGCAAUAUUAUUAAUAAGAUUUUAUAUUAAAAAAUAGCAGCAAGCCUGCUUUCAGCCAUUUAAUGAUAAGUUUCUAAGGAGAAGUGGGGGGAGGGGGGUACGUCGCUUUAUAUAACGUCCCAAAGACUAAUUUACUAUGGAUAUUUCAGUAGCUAAAGUCAUCGUAUUAACAGCCAUCAUAAUGCAGAUGUUACAGUUUGUAAUAUGAACCAAGGCUGAAAGGAUGUCAGAUACGUUUCAUAGUUUUGUUUCUGCUAUUUGUACAACUGUUUGUAAUUCUAACUGCAAAGGAAUGUAUAACUAUUAAAAAAAAAAAACACAACAAAAAGAGCUCGUUAAGGGAUAGAAGAUGACUUGUGUUCCUACGCUCAGUGAUAAGCUUGGCCAUGAAUACAAAGAUAAGUUUUAACAUAAAGUAAAAUGUAAAUAUUUAUAUAGACAUCUGUAUAAAUGAAGAAGUACGUAUUUGAAAUUUGUAUUAAGCGUGCAUAUCCAGCUCAAGGCAGAGGAAAAACCAUCACAUUGCUAUCACUGUAUUUUAUGAAUACAAUGCUUAGAAUGUUUCUUUCUGCUGCUUCCUAUCCUUUGUGGUACUGUGUUGCAAUUUUCUUAUCUGCUGAAAGUCAUGAGAAUAAUGUGCUGCAGAUACUUUAUGCAGUUCCAUUGUUUUACCACAAGUCACAACUGGAGCAUUUAGUAAAAGCAGAAUCAUAGAUAUUUACCAGAAACUACAGCAAGGGUCCAAAAUUACUCUGUUCAAGGAAAUGUUUACCAAUAAGUUGUGGUAAAUUAAGUGAAAAAUUGUUGUGCUGGAAUUUAAACUCCAUGGAGUAGUGCAAUGAACAGCGAGAACAUCAGUGAUGCAAAUGGUAUUUAUGGUCCUGAAGACUUUACCCUGGAAGCUGAGGGACUGGGGUUGCAACCCACACUAUCUAGUCAGAGCCCAGUCUUUGCUCACUGAGAAGAGCAAGAAUUUGGUCACCAGUUUCAGUGGGAACAGGGGUGAGUGAGGCAUUAAUUCUAUUUGGCUCUAAUAGUGCUUUUUUUUUUUUUUUUUUUUUUCCUCAGCAUCCUACACUCAAAGUUAAAAAGUAUUGCUUGCUCAUACCACCAUUUAGCAAAAUAAAGCGCCUGUGUAGCUCUUCAGAAUCUGAGGAUGAGCACCCUCGUUUAGGCACACACUGGGAAAGAUUGUUCUCUGUUGCAGUCCAAGUGUGCCACUGUUAGUUUUCUCCUAACAGAAUUGUUUAGUUUUUUUUCUUUCAGUUAAGUUGAAGUAGGCUCAGAGUGGACCAAUGACUGUUUUUUAGCUACCAAAAAAAAACCCAAAACAAUGUUAUCUUCAAGCCUCUCGGUUCGUUUCUUGCUGAAAAUAUAAAAUUGUUGCUGAACAUCCUUUUUGUGCUCUUCCAGGCAAACUUGAUCUCAGUUUAGUCAUGUUAAUCUGUGACUAUCAGUUAAAUUCUUAGAAAUCCUGAUCAGACUAAAUUGAUUUCUUUCAAGCAAGAGAAGUCAAAUGCUUACUGCAUUUAACCUGACUUAACAAAAUGAGAAAAGCCUAAAGACUUGCCAGGUGUGCUUUAACUGCAUUUAAGAAAUGUGUGCAUAGAAAAAUAUGAAGAUGUUCUUGCAAACUGACGCCUAAGUUACUGAUGCCUAAGUUUUCACCAGUUAUUCCUCUUUACAACAGCAUAAUAUUUCAUAUCCAGCCUUUCAAAAAUCAGGGUACUUUCUGAAGGAAAAUGGCAGCCAGUCAGUUGUGUUACAGUCAUCAAACUUCCAAGUGGGAAUCUGAUACACGGUGUGAUAAUUAAAGAAACCCUCACUUUAAAAUCAAAAGCUCAUACAGUAUCUUUGAAGAAACGUUGAGCUUCUCCCUAGUAUGCUAUGUAUUAUAUUUACAAAGGAAAAAAAGUUGGGUCUGAAUAGCCUCUUUCUAAGCUUUUCUUCAGAUUUUCUUAAGUUCUCAUUUUAACUUUAAGCGUGUUCCGUGUUUAGUUUUGCUUUUUAAAUUCAGUUCCUCUUCGUAAGGAAUUAAGGAUAUCUGAAGUUUAAAUAUGAGAUGUUUAUAUAGUAGUUCUGGUUUUCUAUUAGCUUUUAUACAGUACUUUAAAAAACCCUUGAUAGAAGUGUUUAUUUUGGAGGAUAAGGAAUAAAUAUGCUUCCACUUAUAUAACUUUAAUAUAUGUUUAAAAAGUUAAAUUAUGGAAAAAAAAUGUUAGUUGUUUGUUUAUAAAUAUCUUCUGAAGAGUGUCUAGCUUGGCCACAGCCAAAAUAAAAGGCAAAUUUAUUGAUACAAGAACCUGUCCUCAUCAUAUUUUGUUUAAACUUGUAAUUGUGUGCUGAAGCGAUGCAAAUAUAGAGCUCUUGCUAAAUACAAAAAGGGUUUUUUUCCUUUAAAUUUGUGACAGGAAUUUGCAGAUGUUUUAAUAUAUAUAGAUUAGAAUUUUUACUACUUUCCUUGUUGGUUGUUUUUUAUAGUUUGUCAGAUAAAUCUCAGAGAUCUAUACUGCUUCAGUGGAAGUACAGUGAUCUAUACUGUUGCAUUUAAGACAAGCAGGGUUCAGCCAUGAAAUGUAUUUUGGUUUGGGACUUAUUUUUCCUUUGAGGCACUGUGCUGGCAAGGUCUGAGCAUGUGAUUGAGUUCCAAUGAGAUCGGUCUUAACUUUGUUUUAAAAAACAUGCAAAGGUUUUUUGAUAAAUUGGGACCAUAGUCACCCACUGAAAGUGAGAAAUGACCAUGGCUUCAUUCUUUAUGCUCGAGAAUGAAAAGUUAAAGUGAGUUUUCCUCUGUAUAAAAACUGUAUGUACACCUAACGUUUAAUUCUGCAGUCUUAGAAAAAUGCAGGACAGCAACCAGUAAUAAUCUACCUGAAUUUCUGUAAGACCUUUGAUGUGGUCCCCCACAGUGUUCUUGCCACUAAAGUGAAGAGGGAUAUAUGUGAGGGUUGGGCAGUUUGAUGGGUAAAGAAGCGCCUGGAUGGCCAUGUGCAAAGAGUUACAGUCAACAGCUCAUUGUCCAAGUGUAAGCCAGUAACAAGUGGUGUCCUUUGAGGGUCCGUAUUGGGACCAACACUAUUUAGUAUCUUCAUGGAUACUGAGAUUUCACAGGGAUAGUGGGAUUGAGUGCACCCUCUGCAAGUUUGUGUAUGAUGCAAAGCUACUCAUCUUAUUUUGUUGAUAAUUUAAGAGGGAAGAGAUGCCAUCUGGGGGUCCUUGAGGAGUAGGCCCCCUCAUGAAGUUCCACAGGCCAAGAACAAGGUCCUGCAUUUGAGUGAAGGCAGUUCUCAAUUUCAGUAUAACCUGGGUGAUGACUGGAUUGAGAGCAGCUCUGAGAAGGACUUGGGGGUUCUAGUUGAUGAAAAGCUUGACACGAGCCAGCAGUGCGCACUUACAGCCCAGAAGGCCAACUGCAUCUUGGGCUUCAUCACAAGAUGGCUGACCAGCAGGGCAAAGGAGGAGAUUGUGUCCCUUUACUCUGCCCUUGUGAGGUCCCACUUGCAGUACUGCAUUCAACUCUGGGACCCCCAGAACAAAAGACACAUGGAGCUGUUGGAGCAGGUCCAGGGGAGGCCACAUGGAUGAUUAGAGGGCUGGGGUGCUUCUCCUGUGAAGGCAAACUGAAGGUGGUGGACUUGUUCCAUCUGAAGAAGAGAAGGCUCCAGGGAGACCUCGCUGCAGCCUUCCACUACUUAAAGGGGACCUACAAGAAUGUUGGAGGGGGACUGUUUAUGAGGCAGCAUAGCGAUGGGAGAAGGGGGAGAAGCCUUAAACUAAAAGAUGAUUGAUUUAGAUUAGAUAUUAAGAAAAAUUUCUUACUUAGAGGGCAGUGAGGCACUAGCACAGGCUGCCCAGAGAAGCUGUGGAUGCUCCAUCCCUGGCACUGUUCUGGGCCAAGCUGGAUGGGGCUUUGGGCAGCCCGGUCUAAUGGGAAGUGUCCCUGACCAUGGCUGGGGGUUGAAAUCAGGUCUUCAUAGUCCCUUCCAACUCCGGACAUUCUAUGACGCUAUGAUGCUUCUUGUACUUUAUUACAUUUUAUUUUGCAUAAAGAGAAUAGAAACAUCCUGACAGCUGAUAAGCUUCUGAAGCAGUGGGUGACGCUAGACUUCUCAAGUCUUUCAGAAUGGAGAUAUAGCCUUAUCCAUUAACCAAAACACACAGCUGUGAGACUCAUUCCUACAUUUCCUAUUUAUUCAACCAUUCAGGUGACAUCCAGUAGAAUACCUUCUCCCUCCCCCCAGUAGUAUUUGCGGGUUUGGUCUGAAGUUACACAUACUCUGUUUUUGUUCCAAACUUCAAGUGAUAAAACUAGAAGUUUCGCACAUGGGAUAAGGAUAGACUUACGCUGAACUUCUUGGCACUAACAAUGAGGGUGCAGAUAUCUGGCAUGAGCCUGUAGGUCUGGCGUGUGCCUAUACUGUUCAAUGAAAUUGUUUACAUUUUCCUACCAGAAGAUUUAGAGAAAAAUCACAGUAAGGUUAGGAUUUUUUCAAUGUUGCUGUUGAUUAAUCAGUGUUAACUUUUUUAAUUAUUAUUAUUAUUUUUUUGGUUGAACGCUGCCUGAUAGUAUUUUUAAUGUCAUUGAUUCUUGUUUAUUUAAAACAACUCGUGGAAAAACUGUACUAUAACUGUUGUACAUAAAGGGACACUAUCAAGAGAAAGAGCGCAUGCUAUAAAUAUACUUAGCUGUAUUAAAAAUUCUUGAGAUGAAUAAAUUCAAAGAAAACAUGAAUUGACUCCUAACACUUGAGCUAGUUGGGCAUGAAAAUACCUAUGGAAGGCAUUUUCCUAAAUUGUUGCAAAAGUGCUGGAAAAAAUAGAUCUGAAUUCUGUGGGUGGAGCUCACUGUUGUGUUGCAUCUUCUCUAUCCCAGAAUAAAGGACUUGAUGAAUUUUCCCUUUGUUGUUCCUGUCAGUGAUAUGUGGUACCUUUUCAAGAUACACGCUUCUCACUACUGUGGUGUGUUUAAUUAAAGCGUGCAUGUAAAAGCAGGGGAAAAAAAACCCAAUUUUUUUUGCAGAAUACAUAUAAAACAUGCAUUUUAAAGCUUAUUCUUGACAGUGUCCCUUUUUAAAAAGCAGGAAAAUGGAAUCACUUGUAGUAUUUGGGUGCGGGGAAGUAGUUUAAUGCAGUUUCUAGAAAUUGGAAUUAUCCAGUAUAUUUGCUAUGGAAUUUUCCAAUUUGUUACACAAAAUCACUUGUCAUUUUAAAGCGUUAUAGAGGUAAGGCAAAAGAAGCUGUUUUUUUAAUCCUGUAUACCUUACAGUCGUUGUAUAUCAAUUCGAUACACCAGUAUUGGAUUGUAAUUAAGAAUGGGUUUUUACUUUUUUAGGACAGAGACUUAAUAGCUUAGGGUAACUUUUUCUUUAACGCAAUGUAAAUCCAUUGCUGCUUUGUACAACUUUUUCUACUGUAUGUUUUCUUUACUUAGAUCUUGACUAAGAAAUGUUGGCGUCCAAUAAACUUACACUUUCUUUCUUUGGAA